CGGGGAGCGUGUUCCUGUUACAGUUUUGGACGAUGUCCGGUUCGAUCCUUGCGGUAGAAGGUCUUUUCGGAGAAUUUCUGCGGGUUUGGGUAGCCAACCUUAGCGGCCUUCGGCAGCGAACGGCGGUACCACUGGAGGGGAGCAAUCCAGCACAGUGCGUCAACCGUGAGGAGGCGAGCCGGGUGGCAUCUCGCUGGUCUUGCAAGGGCAUGGAGGAGCCUGUUAAACACACGACCCCCAACUUUUUGUUCUCCAGAGAGGUAUACGGGGCCAGAUUCUAUACAAACAGCACGGUUAAAGUUUCAACACUAAAUGCAUAGCUGGAAUCAAUUACCUGAAAUAGCCUUGAAUUUACUUCGCA